AUGAAGGUGGCACGUGUUAAACCAUUGGUGAAUCAGGUUGAGUGCCGCGCCUACUUCCAACAGAAUAAAAUAGAAACUGCCAUGAAGAAACAUGACAUAGUGAUAAUGGCCUACGGUUCACUUGGAUCCCCCGGCAGUGCAGCAGAAAUGGAAAAACUUGUUGACGAAGGGAAGGCAAAGAGCAUUGGAAUAUCAAACUUCAAUUCUGCACAAGGGGAACGCAUCAUAAAGGUGGUACGUGGUAAACUAGUGUUGAAUCAGUCCCUACAGUUGGAGUGUCGCGCCUACUCUCCCAAAACAAAGCUGGAGGCUGCCUUAAAGAAAGAUAAUAUAUUGAUAAUGGCGUUUCCCCCGGCAAUGCAGCAUUACUUACGUAAAUUUAAAAAGAAAUUGGAGUAUUUAUUUUAA